AUGACAAUGGGAUCUCACCUAGUUGCUGAUUUGAAUUCAGUUGAUUUUUAUGCAAGAAAGGCUGAGCUGGAGAUUGCCCUUCUUUCUCUCGAUCAUUCCACUGAGUUUUAUUGGGCUGCUGCAUGUCACUAUAUUUACUUGCACUAUGUAUCAGAUGGGGACAAUUACAAAGCAGGGUAUUAUUUGGCUAAAGUGAAUUAUUAUUUCAAUAGUCAAAAGGAAAAACCUAGUCCUAACAAAUAUUUUCAUUUGUUAGAGUUCCACUCUUCAGUUGUUGCAAGUAGAUUUAAUGAAGAGGCAAACACGUUUCAAAGUUUAAUGAAGGGAAUGAGUAGCAUGUUUUAUCAUUAUUCCAAUCGAAAGAUAGAGGAUACACUAUUGCCUGGGACUUGGGAGUAUUGUAUGAAUACGAAACUAUGCCAACAAAACUAUAUUCUAUUCAAGCAAGUUUCAGAGUUUAUUUUCAAAAAUUUGGCUCAUUUCAAGCUUCAUACUAUGAAAACAUUAACAGAUUGUCAUAGUGAGGGAUUUUUUAAGUCUCAACGACUGCUCGCUUUAUUUGUUGCUGAGGGAUAUACUAUUUUAUUUAUGAAACAAAUACCAGAGAUUAGUUAUUCUGUACUUGAAGAAGCAUGUCUGAAAGUCACAUUGUUGACUGAAAAUGAGGUUUUCCCAUUCGUUUUACUUGCAGCUAUCUAUAUUAUUGUUGAGGCAGCUCAAUUUCAUCUGGAGGCUUGCAAACAAAUUGAAAGAGGACUUAAACCUAGGAAGGCCACUGUUUUUACAUCAGCAGGAAAGGUCAUUACAUUUGAUUAUUUUUCAAUAUUGGAAAAGGAUCUGCGAGCACUUCACGUUUUGGGUCAACGUUACAGGAGAGUUAGCGCUUCACAUAGUGAUCUAAUGUUGGAAAUAUCUCAAAUAUUGGAAAGGAAUAAUAAUGUAGACAUGUCUCCUCCAGUUUUCUCUUCUUCAAAAUUCACACCACCUCUUCAAUCCAUUCCACAACAGGAUGAAGUUCUUGCAAGACAAUUAGAAGAACAACACAAUGUUAGCAAAUCAGAAGAUACAGAAUCUUUCCUUUCCGAUCAAUCUCUAGGCCCUUGGGAAGAAUUAUUCAAAGAUUGA